AUGGGGCAGAAGUGCGGCGACGCGUGGUGCAGGAAAGAAAGGGGGCUCACUUCCGCCCGCCGUCGCUUCGGAGGCGUCCGCGUGUUUCCGUCGGAUACUCGUGUUCCCUUGCGUCCGGCGAGCGGGCGGCGCGAAUGGGAGCGGAAGCGCGCGGUUAGUCCACUUCCUGUUUCCUGCGGGGCCGGCGGAGCGUCGCACGCGCAGCCGAGCGCAUACGAGCGCGCCCGACGGCGGCCGAGCCCGCGC